CUCCCGUCCCCCAGCCGCUACCCUCGGCUCCCGCCGCGGCUCCCGCUAUGGCCGCGCUCCGCAGGCUCCUGUGGCCGCCGCCUCGGCUGUCGCCGCCUCUCGGCCCUCAGCAGCCCUUCCUGUCCCCGUGGGGGCGGCCUGCGGGCACGGCUCCCGGGCUGUCGGGCCGGCCCUUCUCCUGCCGCGAGGAGGACGAGGGGGCCGUGGCUGAGGCGGCGUGGCGGCGGCGGCGCUGGAGUGAGCUGAGCAUCGCGGCGGCGGCGGGCGGGGGGCUGGUCGGCUUCGUGUGCUACCAGCUGUAUGGGGACCCCAGAGCAGACCCCUCGGAGCUAGCGGUCCCGGAACCCGAGGACCUGCCCCGGGCCAGGGGGCUGCUACCCAUCCCGGUGGCCGCCGCUAAGGAGACGGUUGCUACUGGCAGAGUUGUUAGUGAAGAUUUGGACCUCUAUGCUACAUCUCGAGAGAAACGAUUUCGCUUAUUUGCAUCUAUAGAAUGUGAAGGACAGUUAUUCAUGACUCCAUAUGAUUUUAUUUUGGCUGUUACAACAGAUGAGCCCAAAUUUGCUAAAACGUGGAAGUCACUUUCUAAACAGGAAUUAAGUCAGAUGCUCUCAGAAACACCACCAGUUUGGAAGGGAUCAUCAAAGCUCUUUCGAAGUCUUAAAGAAAGAGGUGUGAUUUCUUACACUGAAUAUCUUUUUCUUUUAUGUAUUUUAACAAAGCCUCAUGCAGGAUUUCGAAUAGCUUUCAACAUGUUUGACACAGAUGGAAAUGAGAUGGUGGAUAAAAAGGAAUUUUUGGUGCUUCAGGAGAUAUUCAGGAAAAAAAAUGAAAAGAGAGAAACUAAAGGAGAUGAAGAAAAACGUGCAAUGCUGCGUCUUCAACUGUAUGGAUACCAUUCUCCUACUAAUAGUGUACUUAAAACAGAUACUGAAGAACUCGUCUCCAGAAGCUACUGGGAUACCCUGAGACGUAACACAAGCCAAGCGCUCUUUUCAGACCUCGCAGAGCGUGCUGAUGACAUCACAAGCUUAGUAGCAGACACUACACUGCUGGUACACUUUUUUGGAAAGAAAGGAAAAGCUGAGCUCAACUUUGAAGAUUUUUAUAGAUUUAUGGACAACCUACAAACAGAAGUUCUAGAAAUAGAAUUUCUUUCCUACUCUAAUGGAAUGAAUACUAUCAGUGAAGAAGAUUUUGCCCACAUUCUUCUACGGUAUACUAAUGUGGAAAAUACAACGGUAUUUUUGGAAAAUGUGCGCUACAGUAUACCCGAAGAAAAGGGCAUCACGUUUGAUGAGUUCCGGUCAUUUUUCCAAUUUCUGAACAACUUAGAAGACUUUGCAAUAGCUCUCAAUAUGUAUAACUUUGCAAGCCGUUCCAUAGGACAAGAUGAAUUUAAACGUGCUGUCUAUGUAGCUACUGGACUGAAACUUUCACCACAUUUGGUGAACACCAUAUUCAAGAUUUUCGAUGUUGACAAAGAUGACCAAUUAAGUUAUAAAGAGUUUAUUGGAAUUAUGAAAGACAGACUCCAUAGAGGAUUCCGGGGUUAUAAAACAGUCCAGAAGUAUCCGACCUUCAAAUCCUGCCUGAAAAAAGAACUUCAUAGCAGAUAAAUCCUCCUAAAGCAAAGAUGGAAGGAUUAUGAUCUAUGUGACAAGCAUGAAACAAGUUUAUGAGCGUGGAUCCAAGUGUGAAGUCAGAGCAUGCAGAAAAGAAAGGGAAAGGUGAAAUACUAUGAAAUGACAUUUUUUUCCUUGAACUGAGUUCAUCAAUGUAAAACAGAGGAAAAUUGAAUCUUCUAAUUAGCCUGGGAUUUGAUCCCUAGAACCACCAAGAGAAAACUUACUGCUUUCACAGUGAUUUGACUGAAUUCUGAACUUUUUCAUUCCCUUCACAAGUAUUUGGGUAGUCCCGAUGACUAUCUGAGAAUGUAUUUAGAUUGUUUAUUUAUUUAUUAGAAAUGUCCUUUAUUUCAAAAUAAUUUAUGCAUCAUAGAAUUUAGAUAACUUAUAAACAAAAACACAUUUUCUUAUGGUUUGGACUAUGAACCUGUUUUCAGACAGUGAAUAUUGCUUCCGAUUUGUCUUAGGGCCCUUAGGUUUGUUAGUAAGUUCCUGUUAUGUACCUUGUAUUUAAUUAUACCGAAGUAGUUUCAGAAAACAAGUGAAAAUUUACUAAAUAAUAUGAUGGUUUACAUUGUACUUUCAACUUUUAAAAGUACUUAUGUAAUAUACAUUGUUGGAUUUGUGUAAAUUUUUGUUUGUUUUUGCUGUUUUUGUGUAUUUUGUUUUUGUACCAAAGUCAACAGAAUUUCAGGUAUUUUAUUUAAAAAAGCAAUUUAGAUUUUUUUUAAGAAAACAUAGUGCUGAUGUUAGAAGCCAGGACAGUGGUAGUAGUAAUUACCAUGGAGGGCACGAGGUGCUGCUCCUAAUUGCAAGCAGACUAUAUGGAAAUAAUAUUAGUAACAUAUUGGAUAUUGUUAAAACUAUGUGUGUAGCAUCCAAACUAAUAUAAAUGAUUUAGAAGUUUGAUGUAUAUUUAAUAGGUAGAAGAUAAAUUUUUGUUUCUUGCAAAAGGACCACAUGCAAAAUUGAUCCAAACAGCCAGCAGUGAUGAGCCAUUUGUGUAUAACUCUUUAUAUUGAAACAAUGUCUUAAAACUUUCUUCACUUGAGAGACUGGCCAGAAAGGUCGCAACUCAAGACCUGCCUGGGCUCUGAUGCAUUUGGGCAACUUGGGCAAUUUGGACAAAUCCUGCUAAAAGUAAAAACUGCUGGGGCAGUAGCUCAGUGCCAGAGGGCUUGCCUAUCAUGUUUGAGGGCUCAGAGUUAAUUCCCAACACCGCAAAUUUAAAAAAAGAAAGAAAGAAGGAAAGAUGAAAAAGAAAUCCUAGAUUUUCACAUUGAAAAAGAAUUUUAGAAUACUUAAUACAACUUUGACUACCUGAUAAAAUUGGUUUAUACAAGGAUAUUAUAAAAUAAACAAUGACUUUAAGUUAAUAUAUUUAUGUAUUGCAUGUAUUAUAUAUUAUUAAUGUAAUACCUAAAAUAGAUUCAUGUAUCUUUUUCCAUAAGACGUAUUUUGUAUAAUUUGCAUACACUCCAACCAUUACUUUGCUUUUGCUUAUGAAAAUAGGAAACACUGGCUUUAUUUUUCUAAGUUAUUGAAUGUGAAAUUGAUCUGCAUCAGCUUAUUUAUAAAAUUAUUGUUAUUUCAGUGUUAAUUGUAUUGUUUUGUGUUUUUUAGACUUUUCCACAUUCUUUGUCUGGUAUUAUUUAUUGUACCAAUAUAGAAAUAUACAUGUGCAAAUAUAGUAUAAUAUACUUAUUUAAUUUCACCUGCUUUGAAAUUUUAGUCAUUUCAUGUAUACACAGAGAUGCUUAGCUGCGUAUUUAUCAUGCCUCAGGCCUAGAAUGUUCUCAGUAGUACAUGGAAUGUAAAAUAAUUGAAAAAAUACAAAUUAAUUUUGGCUAUAAGUUAUAUUAUCACAUAUAAAUGGAAGCCUUGUUAAUGUGGAUUAAAAUUAAAUAACCUAUUUAAAGAUCCUUUAUAAGUCUUGUCAUUGUCCCAAGGGCGUAAUACCCAUAAUGUAAGCAUAGUCACUAUUCUCUAUUGCUUUAUUAUAAGUGGGUCUGUUUGUAAGGUGGAAAGAUAAUAUAAAAAUAAAAAUAAAUAAGAUAUUCUGAUGAAUUAAUAUGGUAAGAGAAUAGUGAAUUACAAUGUUUCCAUCUGUAUCACUCUUAAUCUUUUUUGUCUGUAAAAUAGAGGUAAAAAUAAUAGCAGCUGAAAUAUUUUGAAUGUUUUGCAAAAAAUGCACUAAAUACACAUAUGUUAACUUCAAAAUUUCCCUCUACAAAUUAUAUAAAUUUCACAAAUACUAAACCCUACAAAAAUUUUAGUAUUGUGCUUCUUAAAAAAAUUCUACAUGAUAAAUGAUACUCAGUACUUCUCAGAAUAGUCAAUAAUAAAUUGUUUUAGCUUAAAGUCUGCUUGUUAAUAUAAAUCUUAAUUGUAAAGCUACAAUUGUUAUGUUAUCUUAAAAUAAAUGUACCUCCUUUGAACCAAGAAA